GGUAAGCAUUGGUUCCGAAUUCUGAUGCCUGGAUUAUUUCAGGCCGAGUAUGAUGGCGAACUCGAUGUUUCGUUAUCUUGAGGGGGUAGAAAUUUGAUGACACCAAUUAUGUCGCUGAUACGCACAUAGAAACUACAUAUAAAAAGGCCAGUACUGCAGUUCUCACUCGUAUCCUAAGAAUUAUUCAGCCUUAUAAUGUAUACACACGGCUGUCCAAAAAACCCUAAGUCGUAGAUGCCACCGACUAGAUCAAAGUCCAUGUAAAUACUAAUUUGCUAUGGCUUCCGCCGGUUAAAAAAGAAAUACGCCGGCUCUCUUUUGACCAGGACUUGAUCUAUUCUUCAACGACUGCUGCAUUCUCAGCAUAUGAUAAUCCCAAGGUAGUGACGAGAAGUAUUGUCUGUAUUUUUAUGUAGGGCCUAAUUGAUCCGAAGAAUUAUUGCAAGACGACAAACUAAGUUGCUAAUUUCUUUCUACCAUUCCCAUCCAUAUAACCCAAAACUUUCCACCAUUCCACUGCAUAGCCUAUCUUCAUCCUCGGCAUUCCUACCAUCAUCCCCCCAUCACCCGCACGCACAAGCCAAUCCAUGCUGAAUUCUUUCAGAACUUGCUUGAGCUCUCUACACAGGAGGGCGAAAAACUUUCUUCAACAGCCGAGAAACACCGAGAGAGUUAGUAAAUGCAACAGGAGAAAAAACAAAAGAUUAUUGUCAUCAAGUUUUGAUUUGCUAACUUACUCUUUCGCGGCCAUGGAAAUGUCCAACCAAUUCAAACAAGUUUUCAAGGUCAUAGACGCGAACGGGGAUGGCAAGAUAUCUUGCCAUGAGCUCAGUGAAGUUCUUCUGUGUCUUGGAUAUGAAAAAUCAAAAGCAGCUUGGGAAGCUGAAAGAAUGGUGAGAGAAAUGGAUUGUAACGGAGAUGGAUUUAUCGAUUUAGAUGAAUUCAUCAAUGCUGUGAAUGACGAUGGAAACUUUGGUAGCGGUAACAAGGAAGAUUAUCUCAUGGAUGUUUUUCUAAUUUUUGAUACCGAUAAGAAUGGCCUAAUCUCGGCGAGGGAGUUGCAGACUGUUCUUACUAGCCUCGGAUGCAAAAAAUGCAGCCUUGAAGAUUGCAGGCGUAUGAUAAAAGGGGUCGAUAAAGAUGGCGAUGGUUUCGUGGAUUUUCAUGAAUUUCGAUCGAUGAUGACAACAAGUGCAAGCUGGCUAGAAGAUUAGCAAAUUUGCUACGUACGUUACCCCUUUUUCUCUUUUUUUGCUGUUUUCUGCUAUCUUCAAGCACAAGUGUUCAAGAUUCGAAGCCAAAUGUAAAUAUCAAUGAUUGAAUGGAAGAAGCAGCUUUACGAAAA